GGAGCCCCUAGUAGCGUCCUUGCUCCUGGUAGCGUUGCCAGUAGCGUCCUUGCUCCUAGUGAAUCAUUCUUGGACUACAGCUGGGCAUGUUCUACCCGCCCGAAGACGAUUCGUUCGGCACUUUGUGCAGCUGGCUCAACACAGAGCACUCCAUGGCGGUGCAUUUCUCUGUGUCGACCAUCACAGGGGUAACCUAUGACAUCUUUUGCACGAAGGAGGACACGGUGCAAAGCAUUCGUGAGCAGCUGGAAGAACAUCAUAUUGAGGUGCCCCCCGCCAGCUUUUUGAAGCUCUUUCAUGGGCCUCAGGUGUUGUGUGACCAAAUCUCCGUCACGGAACUGGACCCAUCACAGCCCAUAUUUGCCGUGGUCGCUCGGGAGACCAAAGUCGAGAUCCUUCUCCAAGCUGCAGGUUCGUAUCAAGGGUACAAAGACCUGAUCAAAGCUGCUCCAAGCUCACCUGAAGGAGAAAAUAUCAAGGUCAUGAAGGGUCUCCCAUCCAUUCUGGCCGUGCUCGAGGACAUGGGCGGGCAGCAGCCAGAUGUGAAGGAUCUUCGACAAGGUGAGCAUGGCGAAUUGCUCAUGACAGGCGAGCUUGGACAUUUGCUGUUGCCAAGCCUCAGUGUUGAAGCACUGCAACCUCCAUCAGCUGACACAGCUGCGGAAGCAAGCGGUCAACGAGAGCUUCAACGAGAACUUCAACCAUUCACCAAAGUGAUUUUUUCAGUUCAGCUCAACUCCGAUGCAUACAACCAAGGUCUUGGGAUUGUUUUGGAACAGCCUCCGUCCAUGCAGUGCGAAAUGGAUCGCAAUGGCAUUCCAACGUAUAUCUACAAUGGGUGGGGGUUGUCGAAAGACAAGAAUUCAAAUGCAAUCAAGUGUCUUGGAUGUCAACGAAAACGAGCUCGAAACCUGCUCAGCUGAAGCCUUUAAUCCGUUGACUAUGCAGAGAAUCUAGUUUGUCAUGGAGCUCUGAUUGCUUCGAUAUCCAGUUGAGGUAGAUAGGCUCAGCCGGUCACGACACCGUCAAGUAGAUCCGCGAAUCCCUACCGAUCACUGAAGAUUGUUGCAGUCAUUACAGAUCGCCGCAGCUCAUGAGGGGCAACAUCAAAUCACCAGAAAGAACUAUGGGUGCCACAACCACCAAAGCUUGAGUGCACACCUCCAGAAAAAGGCUUGGGCCACCAGAGCAAACUGCUGGGGUACGAUGCCUCAAGGCCGCUGUGGGUGGUAGAUAUAGAUGAAAGUCUUUCUGAAACACAGUGGGGAGGGGGACACUUGGAAGUGAAGUGCUCAAAAAAUGGGUCGUCGAUGUGGACAUUAGUUUCGUGCCGUUUGCACGCGCCCAUUAACUUUCCCAAUUGCCGCCGCGCUCUUUCACUUCCAGCGACAGGUCUUCGCCAAGUGCACAGGGAACUCUUGUCAUGUCACAUCGCCACCUGCCCUCAUGUUCUUCCUUCACAGCCUCUGGUAGACGCGGCGUUCCAGCAUUGUAUUCAUACAGCUGACACCUUUCUCUUUGGCUCUCAUCACUUGCUUUGGCAUGAAGCGUUUCAAUCAGCC